AUGGGCACCGGUCACUAUACUGAUUAUCAGGGACCAAGUAGUAAGACGACACCUAGCUUGGAUGUGAAACGCAUUAAAUGCUCUCUUUCAGCCACCAUGCUGCUAUUAAUGGAUCUAGGGCAGUCAACCUGGUCAGGUCGGUACAUGAGCACCCCGACCUUACUUGGCCACGUGGCGUCCUUUGAUAAGCUCAGCUAUAAGACCUAUAACAGUACCUCGGGCGAUCAACCAAGUCGGCUUGGAAGAGUGCUGGUUCUUUGCAUGGGCUACAAGUUACAACAUGUAGUAGAGGAAGCUGAGGAGAUGAAAAUAGUGCCAACCUUGCCUGCAAUCCCUCAGCCACAAACACCACAGGAGCCUAUGGAGUUUUUGUCAAGGUCAUGGAGUCUUUCUGCUUCAGAAAUCUAA